AAUACAGAUAAUAAUAAAGAGCUAAAUCAUAUUAAAUCUUUAACUAUAGCAUUAGCACAAAAAAGAAAAAGAGCUGUAUUGCAUAGUCUAAAAAGAAAAACUUUAGAAAGACAACUAUUAGAUAAUAAAAAAAAUAAAGAUUUACUUGAAAUGCAACCAAAAAAAAAGAAAAACAAUAUAAAAGCUAUAUAA